UCAGAUUUCCCGCCAUGAAAACCCUAAUAUACAUAGCAGACCCUUUCAGACAAUCAGUGUCUAAUCCAAACUCGCCAACAUGAGCUCUUCCGAACGCUCUUCCUCCAUACCCUUCAGAUCCAAGAAACCCCUAAGCAAAAUCCCUAAGGCCCAAAACCUAGAUCUUAGCGCUGUUAGCUCCAAGACUCCAGAGAAGCCGCCGGUGCUUCCUCGCCGGGCCGGGAACCGAAAUGUAGCUUUGUCUCUAAAGCAAGUAAGAAAAGCAGCUGAAAGCAUCCGUGAAUCAUCGAACCAGAACAGCCCCCGCGAUGGGAAGGACCGGAUCUCUUCUGCUCGACGGAAAAUCGUGGACUUUCCGGCGGGGAGCGCCGCCGGAAAGAAAAAGGCCGAUGCCGAUGUGCCUAAGUUACCGGAAAGGUUUGAGAUUCUUGGAGAGUUUUUCAAUAGUUUGGGUAAUUCGAUUCGGUUGUUGCAGCUGAAAGGUUCGGCGACGAAUUUUACUAAUAUUCGCCCGAAAAUCGAGUAUUUUACCGAUAGGAGGUUUACAUAUAGUCACUUGGCUCAGUUGAAAUUUAUUUUACCUGAGGCAAUUGAGAUAAAGAAGACGCUAAUAUUCAAUGAGAAAACGAGUUGUAUGAAGCCAGAUCUUCAUAUUUCUUUGAAUCUGGACGCAUUAGAGAGUGACGGGAAGUUAAAAUCUGAAGAUCGGAAUUUGUACCUUAGAAGCGUCUUCCAGUCCCGGCUUGCAGAUUAUUCAAGAUCUCAUCCUGAGGAUCUUGAAGUACCAAAAGAAAUGCUGCCAGAGCCAUUCAACCUUCUAGGGCAAGGUGUAAAUUCAGGCUCUAUUAAAGUUCCACCAUCAUCUUCUUGUGAGGCAGUAGCUGAUGUGCAAUCAGUUGGUCAAGAAUCUAAUAAAAUUCAUGAAGAACUGCAGGCAAUUCGGUCUUCUCCUAUAAAAGAGGACAAAGUGUCUGAUUCAGCACUGCUUUCGAAGACAUUAUCUGAGAAAUCUGAAAACCGACGACCUGCAGUAGCAACUCAUCUUCCUCAAACUUUCCAAAGUCGCUUUUCUCAAAGACUGAAAAGCAAUAAAGUAGAUGACAUGCCCCCAAAAUCAUUCAAGCCUUCAGCCCAACCUCGAGGUGAUUUAGUUGCUCACUCAUGCCCAAACACAACUUCCUCCAGUGAGGAAGUGGACUUUGGCAAGGAGUUUUCCUCAUUGAAUGCAACUCCGAGCAAAGUGCUAUCUGCCUUCAACAGCGACGAAGGCACUCCCAUAAAAAAUGCUAGUACUCAGUCAACUCCAGUUAAGCCUGCCUUCAACAGUGAAGAAGGCACUCCGAUGAAAAAUGCUGGUAUUCAGUCAACUCCAGCAAAGCCUGAUUCUACACCAGCCAGGCUGAUGACUGCCACACCUGUGUUGCGUCCAUCAAAGAGAAGUUACAUGAGCCCGGAGGAUAAUUCUAUUAGCGACAAGUUGGUCAGGCGCCAACCCCGCACUAGGUCAUUAAUUUUUGACAGCCCUGUUAAGAAUAACAGAGCUAAGGAUGAAGCCCUUGAUAUAAAUUGUGACUUGAUUGAUAAGGACCUUCUUGAUAUUCUUCCUGAGAAUCUUUUGCUUUCGAUUAGAGAAAAAGAGAUCAAAGCUAAGGAGGAACGAGAUCCAGCUAUCACUCUAGCAAAGAGGAGGCGACAGAUGAUUGCCAGCCUACCUAAGCUCUUCAACAUGAUUCAUUUCUUAUUUCAGUCAAUAAAUCGAUCUGUUAUCACAAAGGAAGAGCUUAUCUACAAGAUAAUCUCAAGCCAUUUUGAUGUUGUUGACAAAAGAGAAGUUGACGAGCAGCUUAGCUUGCUGGUGGAACUGGUCCCAGACUGGAUUUCUGAAAAGUUGGGAUCUGGUGGGGAUUUGCUUUUCCGUAUUAACAAAUUGACGAGUCCCGAGUCAAUUCGCUCGCGUCUUGAAGAAGCAAAGUGAAGCCAUUGUCAGCUGUUUUAAUAUUGCUGUAAUAAGUGAAGCAUUUUAGUUGCCAAAAAAAAGAAAGAAAAUAGAUAGGCUUAGAGUUACCACCCCUUCUGGGAGCUACCAGUAAGAAUUUUGUUAAUGAACUAUUUAUGCGAGGCUGAGGCACAUGUAUGUAUAUGACUAUAACGUAGAUUCAAUCAAAUAUAUUCAAGAAAGUCAGUAGUAGUUCCCAUUUACGUACCUCAUUAUGUAAAGUAGUUUUGAGAUAUAAGUGGGCACAGGUUUCUGGGUGCAGAGGGUUGAAGUUGUAGUUCAUCUGACUUGGAAUGGUAGCUCUUCAUUUUUUUGUUGUUUUCUCUUGAA